UGUCAAUUUUGUCCUAUUUUCAAGAAAAAUCCCGUUAUGUUGUGAAAAUGGUUUGAAGAUCCCUGUUUGAAAUUGUGGUUGUCAAAUAAAAUUGUGUCAUGGAGCGUGAGAAGUUUUGUAUGUUAAGUUGUUCAAAGACUGAAAUUUGCUGCAUAAGAUUACAUCUUCAGAAAAAUAUUCAUGCUACGAUCGUGAUGAAAUAUAGUCCCUCUAUACCUAAAUUUUCGUAUGAGUUUUAUCACUGAAGAAUAAUUGUUAGCUCAGUAGGUUCAUGCAAUAAAACUUUUGUUAUGGUCAUGAAUAUGGAAUAUUACAUAGCACUGUCCCAUUUUUGUCUCCAGGAAAUAUGGUCAGCCUAUGUAUACCUCACUUAACAGAUUUAUGUCUCUCAGAGUUCCACCUCAUAGAUUAAAUCAAGCUUCUUUCAACCUGGAGUGUUCUUGACCACUUCUCUCAUCACCAGCACUCAAUAUUUUCCAAAUUUACUGGGGAUGGUGGAAAUUAUAGCAACCCAGUGGAUCUGGAAGGCUCCAGGUUAAGAGGAGAGGCUGACACAGACAUUCAUUCCACUUGCCAGAAUCUGAUGUUUUAAUUGUGGCAAGUUAUCUGGAAGGUCUUACUUGUGAGUUGCUGAAUGGAAAACAUUGGUCUGGGCAAAUGGAAGCUAGCAUACCUUUUUGUCUACAGCAGGAGCUUCUUCUCCUGUUCUCUGAAACAGAAGUGACUAAUCUAUCUGGUAUUCCUUUGCAGGAUGAAGAAGUUUCCAGGAGGAGGCAGAUGCAGCGACGCCACAGCUUUGUCAUGGUCAAAGGAGCUGCUUUACUCCUGCAGGAAGAAGAAAAACUGGAGUCUGUGCAGGAGGGUCCAUCAGUCCCCAUAGACCAAGAGGAGCCUGACAGUAAGAGCGAGAGUGCUGGAGCCGGACAGCAAGAAGUGCACUUACAGCAAAUGGUGGGGCUCUUGCGGCCAGAAGACACCAUCCGACUGGCUGUAAGACUGGAGUCAACACGAGCUCAUAGAAUCCGGUACUUGGUGGUUGUGUCAGCUGCAGAGAUGGAGAGGAAGAACGAGAUGGUGCUGCUGGGAGUGGACUUCCCUGAAGAAGGUUUGGCUGGCUGCACCCUGGGAAUGGUGCUUCCACUCUGGAGUGAUACCCAGGUCUUCCUUGAUGGCGAUGGGGGCUUCAGUGUGACAUCUGGAGGGCAGACUCGCAUCUUUAAACCCAUCUCUGUCCAGACCAUGUGGUCAGCGCUACAAGUACUGCACAAGGCAUGCAGUGAUGCUGUCUGCAACAAUUAUUUCCCAGGAGGCAGUGCAUUGAGCUGGACUGAGUGGUACCAGAAGGCUGUCAACUCUGAACAGAGCUGCAUUAAUGAAUGGCUGGCCAUGGCCGAUCUGGAAUCUGUGCGCCCCAGUUCUCCCGCAGUCUUCUCAGACCAGCCGACAGUACAGGAGAUGACAGAGCGGAUGAUCCGGGCCAAGCUGCGUGAGGUGAUGGCCACCACUGACCUGGAGAGCAUCACCUCCAAGGAGAUUCGGGCAGAACUGGAGCGGCGAGCUGGCUGCAGCUUGAAGGACUACAAGGAGUUUAUCGACAAUGAAAUGCUGCUCAUCAUGGCUCAGAUGGAUCGGCCCUCCAGGAUCUUUGACUACCUCUACUUAGGCUCUGAAUGGAAUGCAUCCAACCUGGAGGAGCUCCAAAGGAACAGAGUCAGCCACAUCCUCAAUGUAACCCGUGAGAUUGACAACUUCUUCCCAGAGCAAUUCACAUAUAUGAAUGUGCGGCUCUAUGAUGAGGAGGCCUCACAGUUGCUGCCACACUGGAAGGACACCUACAGCUUCAUUUCAGCUGCUCGGAUCCAAGGCUUCCGAGUGCUGGUGCAUUGCAAGAUGGGUGUGAGCCGCUCUGGCUCCACCGUGAUUGCCUAUGCCAUGAAGGAGUAUGGCUGGUCACUGGAAAAGGCCCUUUACUACGUGCGGGAGCGGCGCCCAAUUGUCCACCCCAACCCAGGCUUCAUGAGGCAGCUAGAGCUAUACCAGGGCAUUCUGGAUGCCAGCCGGCACAGCAGUCUUUGGGAGCAAAAGCUAGGAGACGCCCAGUCAGAAGGCUCUUCAGAUAUAAGUGAUGCCAGCAGUGAUCCCUCAGGAAGCCCAGGCUAUGAGACUCUGAGCUCAGAAGAGGAACCAGAGGAGACAGUGACAACUCCCCAAUAUUGCUUUCGACCUCUACGGGAGCCCCCUGAAGAACCCAGUCAUCCUCUGGAAUUCCCUGUUGGUCCCCAACUUGGCCUUCAGACAUUGGAGGAACCAGGGGCAUCAGAUGACUCAGGAGCUGAGGAGGUGCGGAGACACCUGGCUACCAUGGGAAUACCAGAGAAGCCAGCCACAUUCCGACGUGAGCGCAUUAACCUUUAUGCAGUCAUGCGCAGUAUCAGUGAGAUGGAUAGUCCAGAGCUCACCUCUACACCAGGAGAGAGUGCCACUGAGGAAGAGGUAUUUCUUCAUUCUGAGAGGAAGACCCCUGUGACCUCUCCUCAAUCUCUCCCAAAUGAAGAGAAUUUAAAACCAGCAAGAGACUUUACAGCAAAGCGGUCUGUGUCAGGGGGAGAGCGGACACAUAGUCGCAGGCCUGGACGACAUGGACGCAGGGCACCUCGGGGCCAUUCCCAGCUCUGCAAGCAGCUCUCCUACCACCCAGCACCAGGCAAGGUGCGUAAAGUUGUUGGGCGCAUGGAAGGUGCUGCUCCUUCUGGCCGCAGACCUGCCCUGCAGCACCGCCUCUCUGUGGCUCAGCUGGCAGAUGCUGCCUUGGUGGUGAGUCGAACCAAAGAGUUUGAGAGACAAACGGAUUCUGAAAGCCCUCACAAGGUCCAAUCACAUUCUCCAAAAGAAUCCCAACUUGGAGAAAAUACUGCCGCCUGUUCCCUGACCUGCUCUCGCACACGGAAAAUGGUACGCCAGGCCAGUGUCGACAUAGACCCCAGUUCAGGAUGAGGAAGAGCCCCUGCCUUUCUACUGAGUGGAGUCAUCCAUGGAGCUGAGGGGCAGCACAGAGGUGUAUUUGUUAUCAUGGAGACUUCCUCCUUCUGCCUAAAAGUUAGUGACAGUUAACCUGGGAGAGGGCACUUUCAGAAUGCUGCUUGGAGGAAGUACAGGGAAGAGGAAUAUAGGGUGAGAACAGCUCUUCCAGAGACCUGAACUGUUCACAAGCUCAUCUCUUCUUUCCAUGGGUAACAGGCGGCACUGCAGGGCGGAACACCCACACUCUUGUGCGACUUCAUUCCAUCCACUUAUUUCAGGCUUCCUGAUUGCCCUGAAGCUUGCACAACUCCAGGGCACCUCUCUUUGUUCCUUUAACUUCCUUCAGUUGCUACUACACUUUCAGGAGCAGUUGCCACUCACUGUGAUCAAGUAGGGAACAAAUUACCAUUACUGUACUUAUUUUUAUACAAACACACACACAGCCGCUGUGCCAUGGCCAACUUUGCUCAAUCUAAAAAUAAAAAAGUUCACUCGCUUUCCA